GAUAGGCAAUACCAGUACUAACUCCCGUAUGUGCUGCUCGUUAGUUAACAUGUGCAAUUAUCGUUAAUAAAAGCUCGCGCUCGCGUAUGACGCAACGUGUUAAUCGAAUGAUAUUUCAUCGAAUCUUGUAUCUGUGAUAAACGACUACACUACUAUACUGCCAAACAUGAGCACCUCAACGGAUCAGAGAAAAUAUAGUGCUCCUUGUCAACCAGAUGUGCACAUAAUGGGCUGCGUCGAGCGCACACAGGGAGACGGCAUGGAGAACGUGACAGCGGAUAAGCUCGAGACCAAGCGAAGCCGAAGCCGUCUGGGCGAUGCUCUUAUUUACCACCCCACAAACUUGAAGCAAUCGGGAUCGACGGCACCCGUCACCCCGACUGGUACAAUAGUAAACCUAGUGCCAAAGAACAUUAGUAAUGUAAAGCAGGAGAGGCGUAUCCUGCACACCUUAAAAUCAAAAGAACCAAAAUUCGUGCCGUACGAGCCGUACAAGGCAGCUGUUAAUCCGAUAGUGCCACUCGAAAAAAAGAACAAAAAAUUGCCUAGGAACGAGCCGAGCGUGAGUGCGGCGGCGGUGGUGCAGCAGGUCGCCGCACUGAAGAUCCAAGAGAGCGACGCGAGAGCGGCGGAUCGCGGCGAGGGGAACGAGGAGAAACUGUCAGAGGACUGGAGCAACGAGAAGCGCGUGUACGAGGCUGAGAUUCGCAAGCUGAGGGAGGAGAACAGCCAGCUGGAGACUCAGUUGAAGUUCCAAGCGCAGGUCAACGGAGAGUUGAAGAACCUGCUGGUCGCCGCGGUGGGUGAGGAUUUGGAAACGAGAGUUCACUUACUGACCGAGGACAAGUUGCAGCUUGCGAGGGCGCUCCUGAACUCCGCCCAACACCUCUCCACGCAUCAGGAGCAAACGGAAUGGUUGGCGGGCCAGUGCGAAGUCUGGAGAAGUAAAUUCCUAGCUAGUAGCCUAAUGGUGGAGGACCUGGCAAGAUGGAAGGCUGCGCUCUGUCAGAGGACGACGGACCUGCAGGAAACCGUAAAGCGAUUAUUGGAGGAACAUACAGGUAUUCGCGACACAUCGCUUAAGACGUACAGGAUGCUCACGAUUCUGCGAGAGAAAUUCGAUCCAGUAGCAGCAACGUCCGGCAGGAGGCACGAACUGGCCAGUACCAAUAUCGUGGACCUCGUGCAGGGAUGCUGUCAACUCGCGGAGAUCCUGAAGGUCAAUCUGCUCAGUGGUGUUCCGGACGCAGAAUUACGGAAGGAGAUCAACCUGACUGGGUUGGACAUGAGGACGCUCGCGGAGAACAACGCGGAGAAGUUGCUGAUGAAUCAAAAGUUACCCAUGACAGGAAGGGAGGACGUUGCCUGUAGCGCGGUGAUGGGCGCAGCGGUUGCAGUCAGCGGACAGAUGUUCCUUCCGCGAUGCGACACCAGCAACAUGACGUGUUGCCCGCACUGCAGCGGCGAGAUCAAACAGAUUUGAAAAUAAUUCUUUAUAACUUUUAUAUCUUCCAUAUACGACUUUUUAUAUCUAAAUAUAUUUAUAAAUAUAUCUAAGAGUAUUUUUAAAUACGAUGUUAAUGUAAACGGCUGCUUUCUUCUCUUAGUUAAGAAGCUUCUGGAGUUAUUUUUAUCGAACAUCAAUAUUUUUCAAAUAUAUUAUUCUUUUUA